AUCUACAUUUUUGUCGGUUGACAGAUUUGCUAUUUUGAUAUUUUGUUUUGAAAUUGAUGUUCUUCGAGUUUCGCUUCUCAAAUAAAAAAUGCCUCAAACUAUUCACGUUGUCCAGUGCUACAGUUGUCAAAUGUAUCAGGUUGACAUUGUGAAAAAGGCCCCAAAGUGGACAUGUAAACUGUGCGGCGAGAAACAGUCCCUGAAAAAGGUCUUUUGCCAAGGAAGUGGAAAAGAAUGUCGCCUUCAAGUGCAAAGAUUGAAUGAACUAAAGGCACUCACUGAACAGAACCAUUCCAGUGGAGAUGUCAGUCCUUUGGUUGAUCGUCGUUUGAGUGGUGAACUGGAUCCACCGGAAGAAAUCAAAACACAAACAAACUGGUCGGAAUUUGUUGACGAGCAGGAAGACGACGCUUAUGAUGAGAUCUUUAACAGUGCGACAAUAGAAUACACCGACCAAACAGAGGGUUACAGUCAAGAGAAUAGUAAACCACAGGUUCAGCAACACGAAUUUGUUGAGCUUAUUCGGCUCAGUGUAGGAGACGACAAUUUAUCGCCGUGUCAUGGUAUCGUUCCAACAAAGCGUAACGAAAAAUCUUCGAAGUGCUUCAGUGAAAAUGAUGAUGUGCCCGCAACAAAAGUACGAAAAAUCGAAACCAACAGUACAACACAACAAUCUGAAUGGGACCAGUAUCUGCCGGAUGAAUUAUCAGAUUAAGAUGAUGUUAUUUUCACAAAUUUUGAUACUUUUCAAUGUGCAU